AUGGCUGCAGGAGCACAAGGAGGUGGGGCCACCGGCACGGCCGAUCAGAAUUUUGACUACAUGUUCAAGUUGUUGAUCAUCGGAAAUUCAUCAGUUGGGAAGACUUCUUUCCUUUUCCGUUAUUGUGAUGAUUCAUUCACAUCGGCUUUUGUGAGCACCGUCGGAAUCGAUUUCAAAGUGAAAACGGUUUUUCGAGGCGACAAACGAGUGAAACUCCAAAUAUGGGACACGGCCGGUCAGGAACGCUAUCGCACAAUCACCACCGCUUAUUAUCGGGGAGCAAUGGGUUUCAUUUUGAUGUAUGAUAUCACAAAUGAGGAAUCAUUCAACAGUGUACAAGAUUGGUGCACCCAAAUCAAGACGUAUUCGUGGGAAAAUGCUCAAGUUGUUUUGGUAGGAAAUAAAUGUGAUAUGGACAAUGAAAGAGUUGUCUCGAUGGAGCGUGGACGACAAUUGGCCGAUCAACUUGGUUUGCAAUUCUUCGAGACGUCAGCCAAAGAGAAUAUCAAUGUGAAAGCGGUUUUUGAGAAACUCGUCGAAAUCAUUUGUGACAAAAUGGCCGAAAGUCUCGAUAAGGAUCAACAACAACAGCCGAAGGGUCAAAAACUCGACGCCACUACGACCCAAAAACCACCACAACAGUCGUGCAAUUGC